AUGCCUCCCCGGCUCCAAUUGCUGCCCUUCCAAUGGCAGCGGCCAAUGGCCACCACCACGACGAACCUCCUCUCCGCCUUCCUCCUGCCCCCAGCCGUCCACCAACAGAGUCGGAACGCGCACAUCCUCGCCUCGCUCUCCGAUACCCAGGGCGCCUACAACAAGCGCAUCAGAAGAGGUCGUGGUCCUGCCUCCGGCAAGGGUAAAACCUCCGGAAGAGGUCACAAGGGUCAGAAGCAGCAUGGAAAGGUCCCCGCUGCGUUUAAUGGUGGUCAAACGCCGGAUAUUAUUGUUCAUGGUGAGAGGGGGUUUAAUAAUGUUCACUCCAUCGACCUCGCCCCCGUGAACCUCGACCGGAUCCAAUCCUGGAUCGACCAAGGCCGCAUCGACCCAACCCGCCCCAUCACGGUCCGCGAACUCGCUCAGUCGCGCUGCAUCCAUCAGACCAAAGAAGGCGUGAAGCUUCUCGGCCGCGGCGUGGAGAAGGACGACCACGAGGUUCCCGUCGACAGUGUGCUCAAGCAGCCUAUUCAUAUCGUUGUGUCGAGGGCUUCGGCGUCUGCUAUCGCGGCUGUUGAGGCGGCUGGUGGGUCUGUCACCACGAGGUUCUAUACCAAGUCUGCGAUUGCGCGGAUCAUGAAGCGCGAGAUGCAUCCGUUUGUGUCGCUUGCGUGGACCAAGGAGAGUGGGAGUGAGGCGUUGGCGGUUGGUGAGGAUGGAGAGGCCUUGACGGAGUCGAAGGUUAUGAAGGAGAUGGGGUUCGCGUAUAGAUUGCCGGAUCCGACUAAGAGAAGGGAUAUUGAGUAUUAUAGGGACCCAGCGCAUAGGGGGUACCUCAGUCAUUUGCUGAAGCCGAUGGAAGGCCCGAGUUUGUUCUUCAGGUCGCCUGUGGAGCGGAAGUCUGCUGCUGGUGUUAGGAAGGAGAAGGUGUUGCCUGAGAAUAGGCUUUGGUGA